AAGCCGGGUCAGCUACCAUAUCCAGAACAAGAUGAGCGUAAAAAAUUCUUUGAAUUCCAUUACAAAGGACUGCUCAUCAUUUUAAUACCUAUCUUAUUUAGCCCUAUUUUGCUGGGCCCCGAAGUGCUGGCAUAUCGCAUGAUCUAUCUUACAGUAUGCAUAUAUCUCUAUUAUGUAUUUAAUGUCAUGGCACAGGGAGCAAUUGCAUUUCUCUUUAUUGUUUUUAUGCCUAUAUGUGGUAUUACGACAUCGAAAGCUUUGUGUACAGCACACUAUUCAGAUUUAAUAUUUGAAACAUAUGGAUGUAUUUUCGUAGGCAUCGCGAUGGAUGCGUCGAGUCUCAGCGAACGACUUGCGAUGAUUGUGAUUCGGUUCGUUGGUGGAAAUCUGAGAACACUGCAAAUUCUGUUGACGAUUUGUGCAGCUGUAACUUCAAUUUUGUUUGAAUCUCCAUUCAUGGCCGCUUUUUGGAUGAAGGUGGCACAGGCUGUUAUUUCGGAAUAUGGCAAGGCUGGUAUAUUGACACUAGACAGUGAGGAGGAGACCUACGAGCGACAGGCGAAACCAUAUCCAUCGUGGCCAGUCAUUGGCAUUUAUUUGACCAUCUGCUAUUCAGCAAAUCUGGGUGCAAUGAUGUCACCAUUUCAGAAUCCCAAUAGCAUUAUCUAUACGAUCUUUAACAUCUUCAUGAAGAAAUCACCACAAGGUUUCAUGUUGGUCUUUGUGCUUCCCAUGAUAUUAGGUCUCAUCGUAGUUGCACUUUGGAUUAACAUUAUUUUCCUUGGCCUAUUUGGGGGAAAUGUCAAAGAUCAAGUAAAGGCAGCGGCUGGUGAAGGGGAUGCAAUGAAGAAAGCCAUGUCUGAUAAGAAAGACACAAUGGGAGCGUGGUCGAUACACUCCAUUCUAGUUCUAGUGCUUAUUAUCUGUACAAUGAUAUUGUUAUUAGCACGUCGCCCGCUGUUCAUUCAGGGCUGGGAUGAUCAAAUCCAUUUGGCCAAUUGUGGUGCAUCAAUAGCUGUCAUUCUAAUAUGUGUGCUGUGCUUUGCAGUGCCGGCCAACUAUAUUUUUUGCCGCUACUAUGUAUGCAGGCAACCGGAUAAGCCAGGAACAACACCAUCAUUAGUUGGAUGGAAGGCGGUUAAUACUAAUACCCCAUGGGCUCAUAUUUUCAUGUUGACGGCAGGUCAUGGAUUCGCAGUCGGCCUGCGUGAUUCGAAACUGCUGCAAUUGAUACAGGAGACACUUGUGAGAAAUGGACCUGGCAUUGGUAACUGCUUUAUCAUUGGCACUUCACUUGGCACGUUUUUUAGCAUCCUAGCACCAGCUACAGCGUUGGCCAGAAUAACACUACUGAGCAUGUUUAAGACGGGUGCUCUUUUAAGAACUGGAAUUGGCAGCGUGGCCAUUCCUUAUGCUGCAUCACUGCACAAUCAAUUCCUGCUACCUUGCAGCAAUGCAGCGAACACCAUUAUUUCGGGAUGGGGCAACAUCAGACCCUUUCAAUAUCUUAUUGGCGGUAUUGUACCUGCCGUAGCCACGAUGUUGUUUAUUGCCGCUUUUGUUAAAGUAUUUGGUGAAGAUGGUUUUCCGGGCUACUUGGAAGUUUCUGAUGACGAUUUCAAGUAUACCUACAAACCCUAAUAAUAAAUUAAAAUAAAAUCUGUGUUUCAUUUGACAAG